UAAUGCAGGGACAAAUUCAUAGGGGGGGCCUAUCUGUAAAAUUAGAUAUUUUAUGGAUAUAUAAUUUUGUAAAGGGAAAGCAUGCGGUAGGUGGAUUCCCGUUUAUCGCUGAGUCUCAUCGUUUUUAAUUCUAUCUUCCAGUACUAGUACUGCACAAAUAAUGGAGGAAUACAAAUCACUGAAAAUCAUUCAAAAAUCCCCAAAUUCUGGGGUCUGUUUCUUGUAUCUGAACCGACCUAGCCAUCUCAACGCUCUGUCAGGUGACUUCUUCACUGAAUUCCCCAAAGCCAUCUCCUCACUGGAUCAAAACCCUGAUGUUGCCGUUAUCAUCCUCGCUGGCUCCGGCAAGCACUUCUGUUCCGGGAUCGACUUCCAAACCCUAAACAACGCCUUAAAAGGAUCUUACGCUGCUGAUUGCGGCCGCAACGUCGAGAGGCUCCGGCAACAUAUCAAGUUCCUGCAGGAGGCUAUUAGUGCCCUGGAGUGUUGUCGUAAACCGGUGAUUGCCGCUGUCCAUGGCGCAUGUAUUGGUGGUGCGAUUGAUAUAAUUACUGCCUGUGAUAUUAGGUUUUGUUCUUCUGAUGCCUUUUUCUCGGUGAAAGAGGUGGAUCUAGCUAUUACGGCUGAUCUUGGGACACUUCAGAGGCUUCCCAGUAUUGUUGGGUUUGGCAAUGCCAUGGAGUUGGCUUUAACUGGUCGGAGGUUUACAGGUUCCGAAGCUAAAGACUUGGGGUUGGUCUCUCAGGUUUUUACUUGUAAACAAGCUUUGGAGGAAGGCGUCAAACUUGUUGCUGAGGAAAUAGCUACAAAGUCUCCGCUUGCUGUUAUUGGAACAAAAGCGGUGUUGCUGAAAAGUAGGGAUUUGACAGUGGAACAAGGCCUGGAUUAUGUUGCCACAUGGAAUUCUGGUGUCCUGUUAUCAGAUGAUUUGAAAGAAGCAAUUUCAGCACAUAGUCAGAAGAGAAAACCUAAAUUUGCCAAACUCUAGUUUGGUAAUUGAUGGAAUUUGAAAGGGUUAAUAAAUCUGCGUGUGAGCAAAUGUGACUGUUGGUCGAGUGACAAGAUUGAGAUUCUUAUGUGUUUAAUCAUAGUUUAAUUCUCAAAUACUGUUGGUCUUUGUCAACUCUAUUAUGUUUUCAGAUAACUUAGCUUUGGUGAUGAUGAAUGUGUGAAAGAACCUGUCGAAAUGCUACUGCGAUUAGAAUUUAAUUAGCUCUAGUAUGGUCUUGUAAACUCCUUUUUGUGGAACUAUUGCCACCUGAUUGGAGGAGGCAAUGAUAUUUGAACGCAAGAUAACUCAA